UGAAGUUGCCGAUGCUUGCAACACUGAAACCAUCGAUUGCUUUCUCUGAUUGUUUUCUUCACCUGUAAAUUCUCUACCUCGCUACUCAGAUUUUGUCAUCUCUUCUUUUUCGUUUUGUUGUUUUACUAUAAACAAAUCUCAUGAUUGAUAUAUCAUCACGAUCACUUCUACUUGAUCGUUGCAUUAAUUUGUCAAAACUCGAGUUUUCAAUCUCUAAUCUGCUCCCAAGCGGACUUAAUGGCUGGAAAAGUUGUUGCAAAUAGACCGUCAACUUCCUUUGACUUCGAGAUUGUUGAUAAUGAUUAUGAUCAGCUUACAACUAUAAGUGCAUCUGCUAACCACAUCAAUCCAUGGAUAAAUCCUGCAUCUAUAAAACUUAGGCAUAGACUUGGAAGGGGCCCAUUUGGCGAUGUCUGGUUAGCAACUCGUCAUCAAGUUACUGAAGAUUAUGAAGAGUAUCAUGAAGUGGCUGUAAAGAUGUUACAUCAUAUCAAGGAAGAUAACAUCAAGGCUGUAUUAGAUAAACUUAAUGUUUUGUUGUCCGAAACUCAAGGAUUACAAGGUGCAUGCUUGCUGCAUGGUGUUUCAGUUAUAAGUGGGAAGAUAUGCAUUGUUAUGAAAUUUUAUGAGGGAUCAGUUGGUGAUCAAAUGGCUCGUUUUAAAGGCGGAAAGCUUUCUUUGCCUGAUGUGUUGAGGUAUGGGAUUGAUCUGGCUCAGGGAAUUAUGGAAGUGCAUUCAAAAGAGAGCCUAAUUCUUAAUCUUAAACCUUUUAACAUCCUCCUGAAUGGAGACGACAAGGCAAUUUUGGGCGAUUUGGGAAUCCCUUAUGUUCUGCUAGGGGUACCAUUGCCUAGUUCAGAUAUGACUAGAAGACUUGGCACGCCAAACUACAUGGCCCCUGAACAAUGGCAGCCAGAAGUUAGAGGCCCCUUAGCUUUUGAGACUGAUUCAUGGGGCUUCGGCUGCAGCAUUGUGGAAAUGUUGACAGGUGUGCAACCUUGGUGUGGUAAGUCUAUUGAUGAAAUAUAUAACUCAGUUGUAAAAAGGCAAGAAAAACCACACAUUCCAGAUGGUCUUCCUCCUGCUGUUGUGAAUGUAAUUAUUGGCUGUUUUGAGUAUGACUUCAGGAGUCGUCCUUUGAUGGCAGAUAUAUUACAUGUCUUUGAAAGCUCAAAGAAUGCAGCUUACCAUGAUGGAAGCUGGACUAAUACCGGUAGCAGGACCAUUGUAGAGAAAUCAAAUUGGAACGGCUACACAGAAUGGUUUUUGUCAAAAGACCGUCUUCAGGUGGGUGAUAUGGUGCGAUCAAGAAAGCCACUAAACUCUUGCAAGCCCGAAAACAUGGUUGUUCCAGCGGGGAUAAUCGUGGGUUUAGACACUGAUAGCAAUCAAAAUGGUUUUGUUUUGGUACGGGUGCAUGGAAUACAUGAUCCGGUUAGAGUCCAUGGAUCUACAUUGGAACGGGUCACAUUUGGGCUGGCAGCAGGGGAUUGGGUCCGUUUGAAGAAAGAAAACAAUAAACACUCUCCUAUUGGUAUCCUUCACUCCAUUAACCGUGAUGGAAGUGUAGCCAUUGGUAUCAUUGGGAUUGAAACUCUCUGGAAAGGUGUUUAUUCAGACCUCCAAAUGGCAGAAAGUUAUUGUACUGGGCAGUUUGUGAGGCUAAAAUCUAAUGUUAUCAGCCCAAGAUUUCAAUGGCUUCGAAAAAGAGGUUAUGAGUGGGCCACCGGGCGGGUUUCUCAGGUGUUACCAAAUGGUUGUCUUGUUGUCAAGUUCCCGAAUAGAUUGGCUUUUGGUGAUGAAAACAGUUGCUUCUUGGCUGAUCCAGCUGAAGUUGAAUUGAUCUCUUUUAGUACAAGUCCUAACAUGAUGAAAAAGUACCAACAUCUUGAGGAUUUUCAUUGGGUCGUCAGGCCAUUCUUGGUUUCUUUAGGUCUGUUCACCGCAAUCAAAUUAGGGUUUUGUGUCGGGAAGAAAAUGGGAAGAGCAACUGCGAAAAACUCUGAAAUCCUAGAAAAUCAGCAGCGUGUCAAUAUCACAAACGCCAAAUGGCUUCCUCCAAACAUGGCCAACAUCAUUUUCAGAGAAGGGGUUACUACUACUCCCAGGUAAUUCUUCCACUUUCAGGUUGAUCCUAAAUUGCACAUUGAAUCAUAUUAUUUUGGUUAUGCUAAAAUGAAAUCUGGGAUCCGGGUUUGUUCAGUUACAACGGAUUUCAUUAGGUUUUGCAGUCUUGAAUCCUUGUGUAAAUAGCUGACUGCUUGGUCUGUAGAUACUUCAAUGGUGAAUAUAUGAAGUUAUGAUAAUGUCUUUAUUAUUAUUAUCUUCAAAAGUCUCCUCUUUGUACAGUGAAUGAAAUCUGAAAGUUAUUUAGUC